AUGGCGGAGGUCCUGAGCGUCCCGGAGUUCAUCCGCGAGUGCAACGACGACUAUGCGGCGCCCACCACCUCCAGCUUCUCCUCGCGCAUGACGCAUUGCAGGAACAGCGUGGCCGCCCUGGAGGAGGUUCUGGAUGUGGAGCGCUCGGUUCUAUCCAAGCUGAAGAAGGCGCUCAAGUCUGUCUACGCGUCGGGCCUAACCCACGUGGAGCACGAGGACCAGUACGUGUCGGCCAUGGAGAAGUUGGGCGACACGUGCGCUUGCGGGGAGGACGCCGCGGUGGGCGCCGCCUUCCUCAAGUUUGCCGUUUUCAGCAAAGAGCUGACGGCGCUCUUCAAGAACCUGGUCCAAAAUAUGAACAACAUCAUCUCUUUCCCGCUGGAAUCGCUGCUCAAGGGAGACCUGCGCGGCGUCAAAGGGGACCUGAAGAAGCCGUUCGACAAGUCCUGGAAGGAUUACGAGACCAAACUCUCCAAGCUGGAAAAGGAGAAGCGCGAGCACGCCAAGCAGCACGGCAUGAUCCGGACCGAGUUCAGCGGCGGGGAGAUCGCCGAGGAGAUGGAGAAGGAACGUCGCGCCUUCCAGCUCAACAUGUGCGAGUACUUGCUCAAGGUCAACGACAUCAAGGUCAAGAAGGGCGUGGAAUUCCUGCACAACCUCAUCAAGUAUUUCCACGCGCAGUGCAAUUUCUUUCAGGACGGACUGACGGCCGUGGAGAGUCUGAAACCGUCGGUGGAGAAAAUGGCGGCCGAGCUCGCCGCGAUCAAGCAGUCUCAGGACAGCGAGAGAAAACAGCUGACCCAGCUCCGCGACGUCCUCAAGUCGUCGUUGCAGUCGGAGGGGAAAGAGGAGGCGCCGGCCAAGCCCAAGCAAGGAUAUAGCUUGCACCAGCUGCAGGGCAACAAGGCGCACGGCACCGAACGCUCCGGCGUUUUGUCCAAGCGGAGCGAGGGGCUGAGGAAGGUUUGGCAGAAGAGGAAGUGCUCGGUCAAGAACGGCUUCCUGAGCAUCUGCCACGCCACGGCCAAUCGAGCACCAGCCAAACUCAACCUGCUGACGUGCCAAGUCAAGAAGGACGCCGACGACAAAAGGAACUUUGACCUCUUCUCACAUGAUCGGACGUACCACUUCCAGGCCGAGGACGAGACGGACUGUCAAAUUUGGGUGUGGGUUCUUCAGAACAGCAAAGAAGAGGCGCUGAACAAAGCCUUCCGGGGCGACCAGGACGAAGGCGACAACAUCGUGCAGGAGCUCACCGGGCAAAUCGUCGCCGAGGUCAAGAAGAUGGCCGGCAACCAAGUCUGCUGCGACUGCGGCGCUCCGGGUCCCUCGUGGCUGUCCACUAACCUGGGCGUGCUGAUCUGCAUCGAGUGCUCGGGGAUCCACCGGGAAAUCGGGGUGCACUACUCCCGGAUCCAGAGCCUGGACCUGGAUGUGCUGGGAACCUCCGAGUUGCUGCUGGCCAAGAACAUAGGGAACGCCGCUUUCAAUCAGAUCAUGGAGGCGGAGCUUUCUGCGGGAGGCGUGGCUAAGCCUCAGCCCACUAGUGACAUGCAGAGCAGGAAGGACUACAUCACGCGCAAGUACGUGGACAAGGCGCUCGUCCACCGCGACUGCACCGACGGCGCCGCCCGCCUGCAGGAGCUCUACCGGGCGGUGCGCAACCGCGACAUCCUGGCCCUGCUUCAAGUCUACGGCGAGGGGGCGGACCUCACCGAGGCCUGCCCGCAGCCCAACCAACACGAACCGGACGAAACGGUCCUGCAUCUCGCCGUCCGCAUGGUGGACAGGAACUCUCUGCACAUCGUGGACUUCCUGGCGCAGAACAGCGCCAACCUGGACGCGCGGACGUCUCGGGGGAGCACGGCGCUGCAUUACUGCUGCUUGACGGACAACGCCGAGUGUCUCAAGCUUUUGCUGAGAGGAAAAGCUUCCGUGGCCAUCGCCGAUGACUCCGGAGAGACGCCGCUGGACGUGGCCCGACGACUCGGACACGCUCAGUGUGAAAACCUGCUGACUCAGGCUCAAUCUGGGAAGUUCAACACUCACGUGCACGUGGAGUACGAGUGGCGUCUCCGUAACGACGACCUGGACGAAAGCGAGGACGAGUUGGAGGACAAGCCCAUUCCGUCCCGCCGCGAAGAGCGCGACCGUCCCGUGAGUUGCUUCGUGGGCGCUCCGUCACCGCCCGCCCGGCACCGCGGGCAGAUUCCCAGCAUGAUGAUCAGCAACGAGACGUACGGCGCCAUACUGGAGCGGCGCUUGCCGCCCGGUCCCGAUCCCCCGCUGCCUCCCAGGGGCCCGGCCAGAGGGCGGUGCAACAAGCCGGUCGCCAUUGAAACCGUAGGAAGACAGAGGUCAUCGUCAGACCCACUGACCCUAAACGACGCCGCGGACAGAAACACUUCCGUGUACGUUCUCCCCGUGGCUCCUCCGCCCCCUCCGGCCAAUCACAGGGCCCGGACCGCCCCCUCUCAUCCGCCGCCUCUGCCACCGGGUCCUCCUCCUCAACAUAAAGCACCUCCCUCAGGCCCCAGACCACCAGGGCCCAAAUCGCCUAGCGGAUCGGACAGACGAGCCCCGCAGAGAUCAUCACUAAGAACAGACAGACGAGGUCCCGUCCGGUCCCCUGAAACCUUGGAGCCUCCGACGCCCAAACCGAGAACCGCCUUCAGCGCGUCCAGGCCCAAACGAGUGCGGGCCAUCUACAGAUGCUCCGCCGACAACCCCGACGAGCUGACGUUCGAGGAAGGCGAGGUCAUUGUGGUGGAGGGCGAGGAGGACAGCGAGUGGUGGGUGGGCCACGUGGAGGCCGAACCCGCCCGGCGAGGAGUCUUUCCGGUCACCUUCGUACAUUUCAUCACCGAAUGA